UGGAAACAUAUACGUCCCAAAAAAAAAAGUCACUUAGUGAUGGCGAUGUCUACCAAAAGUCUUGGAACUUGAUACUACUACUUCACUCCCUUUAUUUAAAUAGAUGGACUUGAGACUGUUUGAUCAUCAGACCAAAAUGGCCUCUUCCUCCUUGACUCAGGUUAUGGAAGACGGGGAGUGUAGAAACUGGUCGGAGCUUCCGUAUGAAUUAACGUCAUCGAUACUGAGCAGGCUCGAUUCGAUUGACAUAUUGGAAAACGCUCAGAAAGUUUGUACAUCAUGGCAUCGAGUCUGUAAAGAUCCUGCCAUGUGGCGGAAGAUUGACAUGCUUAACUUUGGAGAUAAGAAGUACAACCGAGAGAUCAUGUGGCGUCACGCAGUCGAUCGUAGUCAGGGAGGCUUGCUUGAGAUUGACAUUUCGUGUUUCGGUUCUGAUUCUCUCCUCAACUACAUCGCCGAUAGGUUAUAAGUCUCUCUCUCUCUCAAUUUUGUAUAGGUUAGUUCAUAGCAGAUGUCACGUGGUGCUAGGAAAAU